AUAUUUCAAUAGUAGCUCACAAUCAGCUGGUCCUUUUUAUUAAUGUUUAAGAUGUUAGUUGGUAUUGUGAAAGGAAGAGAGUAAGUAGUUAGAGUUUAUUUCACGAAAAUAAUCGAUAACUAGUUUAAUCAAUACGUUUUUUGUGAAGUCAUCUCUUAUUUUGAACAUAUUAUGAACAGUCCACAUUUAUCUAAAGGUUCAAAAGAGCCUCCGCCAUUAAAGGGUAACAAAAUCCGAUUAUACAGCAACCGGUUUUGUCCGUAUGCUCAACGAAUAGCAUUAGUGUUGGAUGCUAAAAAGAUUCCAUAUGAAGUAGUCAAUAUAAAUUUAUCAAAUAAACCUGAAUGGUUAUUUGAUAAAGUACCAGGAGGAAAGGUUCCAGCUCUGGAAGUUGAAAAUGGAGAAGUAUUAUGGGAAAGUUUAAUCAUUGCGGAUUACAUUGAAGAUAGAUACCAUCAACAUCCUCUUUAUCCCAAAGAUCCUUUACAAAAGGCAAAAGAUAGGAUCCUUAUAGAACAGUUUAACAGGAUAAUUAAUACAAUGUACCGAAUGAUGGUGAGUAUUGGUCGAAUGAAUAUCAAUGAUGACGAAGUUAUAACGAAAGGACUGUCAACUUUCGAAAAGGAACUAAAAGAUAGAGGAACUCCAUUCUUUGGAGGCACCAAACCGGGCAUGUUAGAUUUAUUGAUAUGGCCCUGGUGCGAAAGAGCAGACAUUUUAAAAGUGUUUGGCAACCAACAUCUACUACGAAGGGACAGAUAUAAGAAAUUGUUGGAGUGGCGCAAUCAGAUGAGUGAAGAAGCUAUCGUGAAAAAGAGUUUACUUCAUUCAGAUUACCACAUUAAAUAUUUGCAAUCAUAUAGAGCAGGAAUGCCUGAUUACGAUUUAAUUUUAAACUCCAAUUAAACCGCAAACAAACUUUAUAUAUAAUAUAUCCUCACUUUAUAUACUUUCAAAAUGGCGCAAGUAUAUGUACUUGGUAAAGAAAA